CCUGCGCACUAGCUGGAGCCGCCGGAUUGCGCGUGCUAAGCUGAAGGCUUCUCACGUCUUUUGCCUCAGACAUGAACGAUGCGCGGUACAUGAUGCGCCCGCCUCGCUCCGUCGCCGCUGCCGUGCCCGUCGUCCGCGCCCUGCACCGCUCUCCUCCCCCAGCAUGCUGACGAUGCCGACGCCCGCCGCGACCUCGACACCGUCCACGAGCCACAACCCCGCCAACUCGCGGCGCGUCCCCCUCGACAAGCGGAAGCGCACCGAGACGAGCUGCGACAAGUGCAAGUCGCGCAAGCAAAAGUGCCGCAAGGAGCCCGGCAGCGAGGCGUGCCGCUACUGCCUCCAGCACAGCAUCGAGUGCCAGACGACGCAGCCUCGCAAGAAGCGCCUGUACGGCAGCGUCGAGAGCCUGGGCAACCGCCUCGCCCUGCUCGAGUCGCUGGUCAAGGGCCUGCUGCCCGACGCCGACGUCUCCAACCUCGACGAGCUGCGCCAGCUGGGCACGUCGCUCGGCAUCGCCAUCCCAGACUCGCCCGGCGCCGACGCGGGCCAUGACCACGCCGCCACGCCCGCCACCGAAGCCGACGAGCCGCUGUCGCUGCUGCCCGACCAGCAGGGGCAGGUGCAGUACAUCGGCCCCGCCAGCAGCUUCUCCUUCCAUCUGAAGCUGCGCGCGCUGUGCGGGCAGGCGCCCUUUCCCUCCUUCGUGCUGUUUGGCAAGAACGCGGCGCAUCAGGCCGGCGGCGAGCGAGACGCCGCCCACGACGCCGCCCAGCAGCCGCUGCUCACGCCCACCGCCGCCUCGUUCUUCGACCACACCUCUGCGGGCGACUUCCGGCGCACCCCCGCCGACGAGGCCGCAACCCUCGCGGCGCUGGUCGCGGCCUACUUCGAGCACAUCAACCCGGACUUCCCUGUGCUCUACGAGCACUCCUUCCGCGAGGCCUACGAGGGAUGGCUCGCCAGGCCGGGAAAGGCAGAUCUGGCCUGGCAGUGUAGCUUCUUGUGCGUGCUCCUGCUCGCCCGCCGCGUGGCCCACGUCGCGGUGCCAGAGGAACAGGAACGGGACUGGUGGAAGCGCAUCCAAGCCCUCUUGCCUGUUGUCAUCUUCACCUCGAGCGUCACUGCUGUCCAGGCCAUCAUGCUGGCUGCCAUCCAUCUGCACAACACAAAUCAUCGCGACGCGUGCUGGAACCUCACCGGCACCGCGAUUCGCAUAGCGUUUGCAAUUGGCCUCCACCAGGACAAGGCAAGCACCUCCCAGCCGCCGCUUGCGAGAGAAUUGCGGAAGCGCCUGUGGUGGACUCUCUACGCCUUUGAGCAAAUGCAGGUCUCGUCGUACGAUCGCCCGAGUGCCAUUGAGCAUCACGUGUCCAAGAACUCUUGUCCAAACGAGCGCAUCUUAGGGGCUGCCGCGUACUCUCCGCCAGAGUACUCGCGAUGGUUCGACCGUCUGAUUGUCAACCUGAGCUCGACGUGCCGCGCCCCCAAGCACAUCAAGCCACACUCGGACGAAUCCUACGCGGGUCCCCUUUCCCCUGCCGCAGGAGUCCUCCGUGAUCUCGAACGCUGGAAGGCCGACCUGCCACAUCAUCUGCGCAUGGAAGCUGUCGACGACACUGUGCCCGCUUUUCGCCGGCCUAUUCUGCUCUUACAUAGUCUCUUCCACUACACCACAAUCGUGCUGUGCAGGGCGGCAUUGCUCGCGCGAGCGACCACUCUUUGUAAUGAUGACACCGACUCUACCAACCCCGCACUCGUCGGUAUGUCCAACACCUGCACCGAGUCUGGACGCGCUCUGGCCCACAUACUCUUGAAGCUGGACGCGAUUGGACGAUUUGAUGCCAUCACCUGGUGGGACGUUUGGUACUCGCUGACGGCUAGCUCUACCCUUGUUCUGGAUCUGGUCUGCCAGAGCAAGAUGGGAGCACUCGACGCUUCCGAAUCGCGCGACCUGCUCCCACGGCUCGCAGAUCUCAUUCGCAAGCAUUUGCAAAACACAAACGUGCCCGGCACCAUCGCAAAGUUUGGCUCUCUGGUUCCAGAAUUACAUGCCAUGGUCGAAGCGAUGAUCGCGGCUCAGGUUUCGCCUCAGAUGUCUCAGCCGGAAGUGCGGUCGAGCCUGUCAGAACCUGAACCGGCCAGUCAAACGCUCCCUUCCCAGGCGCAGGUCGCACCAUUUGCAUAUUCGCAUCAGAACACCACCAACGGCGCGUUCGUCUUUGCGGACACAAUGCCCAGUCGCUUCUACUCGCACACGGACUAUGCCGCCGGUGCACCCUACUCCAACACCAGAUACGACCGCAGUACCCAAAUGCAGUUCAUGGACUUUACCGUGAACAACAUUCAGGAUUGGCACUGGGGAGACAUGGGUAACCUGCUCGGUCCCGACGGCACGCAUCCUCACCAAGUCUCGCAGGCCAUACCGCAGCAGACCAUGUCGCCGGGCCUGCCUCCAGGGUCUGCGCCAGGACCGUACAGGUGAGCGCGGUGUACAUACGCGCUGUGGUGACGUCCUUGGCGAAAACAUUUUCCAUAUUCUAUUACUACCGGUUUCAUGGCAUGUCGUUGAUACCCCUACUUAGCGCCAGUUCGGUAGACAUAAUUACAUUAAACACGUUUUGUACACUACAUCUUGUAUCUAUGAUCAACCUGCACAUCUGCGUAGC